UUCCAAGAUUCCGGUUUCGGCAAUGAUUUCUACACCAAUUCGUGGAUGAUAAGAUUCUCCGAACAGUUUGCCUUCGAUAAGUCCUGAAUUCACUGAGCAUCACUCUCUCCAUCUCGACUUGACCGCUUCGGCUUCUUAUCGAAAUGACCCGGGCCAGUUAAGACAGUGCCAUAAAGCCCGGGCAGGUUUCAGAUAUAAAGCCUCAACCGCACUCAGUUCGAGGCUUGUGGUUUCACAUCAUCGUUGAUAUUAUCCUCUGAAUGUUGCAUACUUCAUGCGCAGACAGACCGUCGAACUUUGACUCAUAGCGUCGAUAAGCCAGCAUCAGAAUUCAGCGGAGUUGAAAAGACGUUGACCUAUGGAUUGAGUCGAACAGAUCUUAAAACCGAUCGGCUUCGUCUCACUUGUCACAGUAUCAUCAACCUAUUCACAACACAUAGCACGCAAUGACUUCAGAGUCAGGAGAAAGUACGAUGGAGAUGCUGCAGCCUGGAUCACCCCUUUUGCAUCUCCCCGCGGAGCUUAUCCACCAAAUUCUCAUGUUUUUGCCACCUACAGAGCUGGCAGUUGUCUCUCAGACUUGUCGACUGUUAAAUGUACAUGCAUACGAUGAUCGUCUGUGGCAGCGGCAUCUCCAAAGCUAUCUUCCGCACGCAACAAUCAAGACUCCUGCACCCUCUUCUUCAUUUCGACAGCAUUUCUUGCUUCAUCAUCCCUACUGGUUUAUUCCAAAGUAUAAGAUCUGGUACUCUGAUACUGUCCAUACUGGCAGGCUUUUAAUUGCCCGCUACUCGGCCCGCAGACAAACAAUUGAGGCCUACGCUCUCUGUGCUGAGCGAGCUGCUUCAAAAUUUGAAUUCUGGGAUUGGAAUCCAGAUGUCAUCAUCCAUACCUUUGAACCACGGAUACAACUGGACCUCAAUCAACCCGCCUUGAAGCUUGAUGCGGAGACGGCAGCAAGUCUGCCGCUACGCAAACGUUACUCUGAGGAAGUUAUCAUGGAUAUACAUGGCAGCAUUCACAUGAACGGCCUAAACACUCGACUGCUCUUAUCACGACCGCUGCCACCGUCGGCCAUAGGUAUAGGAACUCAAGUAUGGCCUCCAUUAAAACUACCAGCAUCUGAACGUACUCGCAACGCUAGUAGCAACGCUUUCCGAGGUCUGGAUCAUAAACCUUCAAAGAUGUCGGAAUUGUCACAACACACCUUCCGGUUGCGUAGAUGGCUUGAUUUCACGUCGCUCAUUCAAGGCAUGACCAUGCGUGUGGCCGAGGAGGUAUCAACCUUCGCCACCUUGCCACCAGAGUCGUACACGCCCACGAAAAAGAAGCCAUGGCGCGGCAUCUGGUGUGGUGAUUACUCCGGUCAUGGAUGUGAAUUUCUCCUCGUAUUACAGCCAGAGGAACCUGUUGAGCUCCCAGACGGCGUUGAAGCAGCCUUGCGGAGGCGACAAAGCAGUGACAGUACAGAAAGCGAAGAUAGCUGGCAGAGUGCAAUGUCGACACCGGUCGCUGCGCCCACCAACCAGCAGGAAGUCUCAGCAGCGACGUUUAACUACGAACACUUGUUUGAACACACCCAGGAUCUGAACCUCAUUAAUGAACUUACGUCAAAUAUCAGCGCAGAAUAUGGGCGGACGCCACGUAUCACAAAAUCCGACGAUAGCGAAAAUGAGACAUCAUAUGAAGGGCAGCUCAUGGCGGUGAAAUUGACUGGCGAUCCCAACGUUCCUCGUGGCGAGUACACAUUUAUAGCCCCAGACAUCAGUGACGCAGGUCUAUUACGGGUUGCGAAUGAGGAGAUAUUCAAGGGCGCACGAGUGGUCAAGAGCGUGGGUCACAUCGCAGCACGAGAUUUCAGAGAUGAUAUGUAUAUUCCCUCGCAGCUCAUCCUUAUUUCGCAUGAUACCCUCGCGCAGUAUUGGGAGGCCUUCGGUCAUAUUUCUUUCUACAAGCGCGUAGAUAUUGAUAAAUUCGUCAGCGUUGAUUGAAACGCUGCAAGAAAAUGAACACCUCAUUGUGUUGCGGAGUUACUUUGAACUGCAUAUUUCCGGUCGCUACCAAGGGUUAACGGCAUGUUUCAGCACUUCGAUCUUAUGACUUUUAGUUGGGUGUUAUCAGUGCAACUUUGAUAGAUUCACGUCGAUGAUCAUGUGUAUAUGUAACCAUUCGCUUGCAACAGUUAGAAUAAAGUUGGAAUUCGCGCGAACGGAAUUCCACAUAUAGCGUUGUCAGAACGCCGUGUCCUGGAAUACAGUUGCUCUAGU